UCAAAAUUUCAUUAUUUUAUAAAUACUGACUCUUCUAAUACAUUUCUUCUUCAAGAAAGAAAAAAAAUAUCUAUCUUCUUUUUCCUCCAUUUUCUCUCUUUUGCUUUACUGUUUGAGCUUCUCCGUCGUACUACCACCACUACGCCACCAUGGUUCUGUCCAAGAUUGCGUCGGAAAGUGACGUGUCCGUUCACUCCACUUUCGCUUCUCGAUAUGUUCGAACUUCUCUUCCAAGGUUUAAGAUGCCAGAAAAUUCAAUACCAAAGGAAGCAGCAUAUCAAAUUAUAAAUGAUGAACUCAUGUUAGAUGGAAAUCCAAGGUUGAAUUUGGCUUCUUUUGUGACAACAUGGAUGGAACCAGAAUGUGACAAAUUAAUGAUGGAUUCAAUUAACAAAAAUUAUGUUGACAUGGAUGAAUACCCUGUAACCACUGAGCUUCAGAAUCGAUGUGUAAACAUGAUAGCCCAUUUAUUUAAUGCACCACUUGAAGAUGGAGAAACUGCAGUUGGAGUUGGAACAGUUGGAUCUUCAGAAGCCAUUAUGCUUGCUGGAUUGGCCUUUAAGAGAAUAUGGCAAAACAAAAUGAAAGCCCAAGGAAAGCCCUAUGACAAGCCCAACAUUGUUACUGGUGCCAAUGUCCAGGUGUGCUGGGAGAAAUUUGCAAGGUAUUUUGAAGUGGAGCUAAAGGAAGUGAAGUUGACUGAUGGAUACUAUGUGAUGAACCCUGAGAAAGCUGUGGAAAUGGUGGAUGAGAACACAAUUUGUGUAGCUGCUAUUUUGGGUUCAACUCUUAAUGGAGAAUUUGAAGAUGUAAAGAAAUUGAAUGACCUCUUGAUUGAGAAGAACAAAGAAACAGGGUGGGACACUCCAAUUCAUGUGGAUGCAGCAAGUGGUGGAUUUAUUGCACCAUUUAUUUAUCCAGAGCUUGAAUGGGACUUUAGAUUGCCAUUAGUGAAGAGUAUUAAUGUGAGUGGUCACAAAUAUGGUCUUGUUUAUGCUGGUAUUGGUUGGGUCAUUUGGAGGAACAAGGAAGACUUGCCUGAUGAACUUAUUUUCCACAUCAAUUAUCUUGGUGCUGAUCAACCUACUUUCACUCUCAAUUUCUCUAAAGGAUCCAGUCAAAUAAUUGCUCAAUAUUACCAACUUAUUCGCUUGGGUUAUGAGGGUUACAAGAAUGUUAUGCAGAAUUGUCAAGAAAAUGCAAGGGUACUAAGAGAAGGACUAGAAAAGACAGGGAGAUUCAGCAUAGUCUCCAAAGAAAUUGGAGUCCCCUUAGUUGCAUUUUCUCUUAAAGACAACAGCAAACAUGAUGAGUUUGAGAUUUCUGAGACUUUAAGGAGAUUUGGAUGGAUUGUUCCAGCAUACACUAUGCCACCAGAUGCUCAACACAUCACUGUUCUUAGAGUUGUCAUUAGAGAAGAUUUCUCCAGGACACUCGCAGAGCGACUGAUUAUGGAUAUCGGUAAAGUCCUCCACGAACUCGACAUGCUUCCAGCACGUGUGAACGCUAAGCUCGCCAUGGCCGAGGAGAAGGCGGCGGCCACGGCGAACGGUAGCGACAGUGCGUUGCGUCAAAAAUCGAAUAGGGAAUGGGAGCUACAGGUUACUGAAGCAUGGAAGAAGUUUGUUGCUGAUAAGAAGAAGAGUAAGACUAGUGGAGUUUGUUAAUUAAUUAAUUAAUGUAUGUUUAUGAUAUGAUGAAUUAAUUAUGAGUUUAUUGCUAAGUGUUUAAUAACGAACUCUUUAAUUCCCACUGUAAAAUUUUCUUAUGUACUUGUAAUAUGAUUUUAAUUAAUUUGUAUUAUGAGUGUUUGAGGUCUUGUUUACUUGA